UUGAAAAGAGUCGAAACAGAACCCAUUGUGGUGUUGGAGAGGAGUGAGCCUCUGCCUGAGAGAAGAAGAAAAGAGGCAAUUCCGUGACCACAAAGGGACUCGUGAUAAGCGGGCAGAUAUGGACGUUAAUGCACAACAUGGGCGCUCUUGUCCUUUGUGAAGAGGACCGCGUCGUCCAGUCGGAAAGAUCCGGUAUAUGAAGAGUUAAGACUCGACAUCCCAACUGUUUAUUUCAGCAGCUAGCAGGCUAACUGGCUAAAUACCUAGGAGCUAGAAAUGGGGAAGCCUGUGUGAGUUUGCUUGAUAGAGAUCUCCGUCGAUCUUUGAAAAGGCUGUUUUCGGUUUAGUUAUUCUCGGCGGUGAUUUCAAGUAUCCGCCGCCCGCCUCGUAAGUAGCCGCAACUUUAAAGAAUGAUAUCAACUGAGCGCUAAGCAUUACACACUACUACUACUACAGAACCGGAGAGGAAAGUCAUACAGGCCUGCUGGCUCGAGGUUGCACACAAACACCAAGAAGGGAGAACAUGACUCACUGGCCUCUGCCAGAGACUGGCACGGGGCAGCUGUGCCAACCUCGCCCCUGCCUCUUGCUCUAGAAGCUACCCCGGUACAUCAUGACGGAGAGGCAUUGAGGUUAGCUCCCUGACGAUCAUCUCAAUACACCUCUCCUCCUCCUCCUCCCUAUCCCUCAAGAACCCCCGCCCCCCUCGCCCCUGCCUCGUCCCCAUCAUGCUGCGCUUCCUGCCUCUCAAACUUGGCCGCCUGUACCGCUGUCUGAAGCUCUUACUGGUCGUUGGGUUGUUUGUCAUCUUGUUGAUGAACACCCACAGCCUGUUUGCCUCCUUCCAGAAGAAUGAGCUCACCGACAGACGCUUCAUCAACCUCAACAAGUGUCCCGCCUGCUUUGGCACCAGCUGGUGCCGCAAGUUCAUGAACGGCCAGGUUUCCUUUGAAACCUGGGGUCGCCUGCGAUUCCUAGACGUUUUCAAUGUCAAGAAUGUUUACUUUGCUCAGUACGGGGAGCCCAGGGAGGGCACCCGUCGCGUAGUGCUGAAACGGCUCGGCUCCAAUCAGGAGCUGGCUGAGAUAGACCAGAAAAUCUGCAAGAGGGCCACAGGCCGGCCACGCUGUGACCUCAUCCAGGCAAUGUACAAGACAGAAUUUUCCCGGAUCAACGGUGACGUUCGUCUGCUUACUCCAGAGGUGGUGGAGGGCUGGUCAGACCUGGUCCACUGCCCCUCUCAGAGGCUGCUGGACCGCGUGGUCCGCAGGUAUGCGGAGACCAAAGACUCGGGCAGCUUUCUGCUAAAGAACCUCAAAGACACGGAGCGAAUGCAGCUGCUGAUGACCCUGGCGUUCAACCCGGAACCGCUCGUACUACAGAGCUUUCCAUCAGACGAAGGGUGGCCAUUCGCCAAGUACCUGGGAGCGUGUGGGCGGAUGGUAGCUGUCAACUACGUGGGCGAGGAGCUGUGGAGCUUCUACAACGCACCCUGGGAGAAGAGGGUGGACUUGGCGCGCCAGCUCAUGGACAUCGCCGAGCAGCUCACCAACAACGACUUUGAGUUUGCCCUCUACCUGCUCGAUGUCAGCUUCGACAACUUCGCCGUCGGCCCACGGGACGGAAAGGUCAUCGUUGUUGACGCCGAGAAUGUUCUCGUGGCAGACAAAAGGCUGAUCAAGCAGAACAAGCCAGAAAACUACGACGCGUGGUACGAGAGCCGGUUUGAGGAGUGCGACAGGGAGGCCUGCUUGUCUUUCUCCAAGGACUCCCUUUGUUCCAGGGUCACAGUGGACCACAACUACUAUGCCGUGUGCCAGAACCUGCUGUCGCGGUACGCUACAUGGCGGGGCACCACUGGAGGCCUCCUCCAUGACCCCCCUGCCCACAUAGCCAAAGAUGGACAACUCGAGACCCUGCUGGACGAGUGCACCAGACCCAAAAAGCGCUAUGGCCGCUUCCAGGCGGCCAAGGAACUGCGUGAAUACCUCACACAGCUAGCUGCCGCUUCCUCCUCUGCUACGGCCAGGUAAUGAAUGGAGCCGGCGUUAGCCUGACGCACUGAGAGACUGGAUCCUGUACUCUUUAUCUCUGAACUCUUGAGAUCCCGGUUCUUGUACAUGAUGUCAUUCGCUCCCCUUUGUGCACUGGAGCAGGAAGGUGUGAAGAGGUCUUGCGUCAGGAAGUGUAAGAAUCAAAACUUCAAAGCAGAUUUGUUAAAGCUCUAGCUUUUACCUGACUUUGCUUCUGUGUGAAAGAGCAGUGUGGCGCAAAGAGAUUCUGGUUAAAACCAGGAUAGAGAGGAGAUAGAGGCAACCUCUCUUCUCCCAGGGUGGGCGGCCAUCCUUUGGGGAGGUGAGAAAGGGCUCCGUUAAACACGCAUCCUUGACUGGACCCGGGCUACCGCAAACCAGAGCAUCCAAGCAAACUAAAGCAGCGUCAUCGCGCAGCCCUGACCACAUUCAUCGUCCUGUUCACUCCUCAAUCCAUCACAACUGUUGUGAUUUAUAACAUUGAAUCUUAACACCAGUUUUAUUUUGCCCCUAGGAUGUCAUUUUUAUUAAAUUUUUUUGAUUCUAUUCAGGGCUGAAUUUAAGUCCAUGGGUGCGUUUACAUUUUUGCUAUGCCAUGGCUUUUUUUCCCCCUCUGUAGCAUGGCUGCAGGGAAGGCGGAGGUAGCAUGAAUCUCCUGCUGUCAGGCAGCAGGGAAGGCCAAACUACAGCAGGUAGAGAGGAAAGGCAGAGAGUUGGGGGUUUGUUUUUUUUGUUUUUUAUGCAGGAGAAAAAGAAAACCCUUGGCGGCUACAUAAGUCUAAUUUCCUGCUACUCCAAUCAAUCAUCAGGAUUGUGGCAAUCGUCUUUUUUUUUUUUUUUUUUUUUGUGUGUGUGUGUGUGUUUUUUUUCCUUCCCUUUUCUGUAGGAAACCGAGAGAGUGAGACAGCUGCACAUAGGAAAAGGAAGGGAGUAAUUGGACAUUGGUGGUCCCUUGAUGCAGAUGUGCCUAUACCAAAGAGGCUAUAUGUAAUAUUAAGAACCCUGAGCAGUACAGAGUGACAGCACCUUUCCCUCCAGUUGUUCCCCAAUAGAGCUCUCCUAAGCAAUCGUAACGUGUACACAAUCCUAUAUGAGCUGGCAGGCCCGCAUUCUGAUUUAUUUUUUUCCUAAUCCGAAGUCAAAGAUUGGACAUUCUUAAUGUCACAUAGCCCCCUCUCCCCCCCCGACUACAUGAAAGGGGGAAAAUACAGUGAUUCUUAAGAGGGCUAGAAAACACAAUAAAACAGUGUUGUAGUGACCUUGAGUGCCGAAUUCUCUUUAAAUGUCUAAUUGAGAAAUAAAUCCAAUUUUCAAACUUCUUCCACUAGUGUUGAGCACAGUAAGCUCUAUCAAGUAAAUGUAAAAAAAAUAAAAAAAUAAAAAGGGUGGGGGGAAUGAAGAUAUCCUAAAUUACUUCCUCGCUCCAGAAACAGCUUCUGACCUGCACUUUCUGUUGAAUAUUUAAACAUUCGCCACUUAGAGGUUGGGUUGAUUUUGCACUCAGAGGACCAACGAAUUAAAGCGUAAUCACAAAUACAGGCUCAUUUGGUAAUGGAUUAUGGGAGAUCUUAACUCUGAUAAACUUGGACAAAAUAAAAUAUUCCCUCCCCUCUUUGGCUCCAUAUGUUUUGUAUUUCAUCUGUUUAGAUGUUGUGAAUCUGACGCUAAAUGCCCAGUGGAGUGUUGUGUAGCACGGUCAACAGACAGCCCAAUAAGCAAGUAAAUAUGAGCCACUCCAUCUACCGGGAAACUAGAAAGCACAGCAGUUGCUUUUUCGCCUUCUCCGAGACCCCAGGCGCUGACGUGCCCCCCCCCCCUCAGUUAGGAAAUGCAAUAAAGUGAAGUUUGGCUAAAGGAUUUCUGGUUUUGAGCCUCCCUUUCCUUUGUUGUGUCAGAUACAUUUCUGCUUCCCCUGUAUGGAGGACAUUGAACCUGGAGGGAUUUGUAUGUGCAUAACUAACUGUCCACUUUUGUACUGUAAUUUUCUUUUGAGUAUUAUAUCAGCAUUGUCUGAUUUUUCCUGUGCCUUUCAUUCAAAAGUUGUAUUUACAACUUUUAGUGGGUUUAAAUAUUAAAAUAAACGAAGAUAUAUAUAUAUAUAGAUAUAUACACUUA